CAGGGCUUCAGAGCGUAGUCCUCCUCCUUCCCCGUGGACAGUAUUCGACUCGAGGCAGUUACGAUGGCCCCGCUCGUCAGGAGCAAACUCCUCGUUUCCUUGUGGCUUGUUGUGGCUGUGUACGCAUCAGCUACUACAACCACUCCAUCAGCUACAUCCCCAAGUAAUACAACUAUAUCCCCAACUACUACUACAGCUACAUCUCCAACCACUACAGCUACAUCUUCUCCAACUACUACUACAACUGGAUCUCCAACUACUACAACUAGAUCUCCUCCAACUACCAAUACAUCUGCUCCAACUACUACAAGUACACCUGCUCCUACUGCUACAGCCACACCUCCUCCUACAGGCACAGAAGCCCCAGUAACACAAGGGUCAUCAACCACGUCAUCAACCACACUGUCACCAACAAGUACAGAAUCUUCGAAUGAAACAUCUCCAGAUACUCCAGGCACAGCAGCUCCUGUAACCACACAACCCGCAGAUCCUUGUUCUUCAAACCCAUGCGAGGGCGGGAGCACCUGCGAGAGGCGUGCAGGUCAAAACUUCACCUGCCUGUGCUUGGCCGGCCAAUCCUACAAUAAGGUGCAGCGCCGCUGUGAGGACGCCAAGGUGUUCCCUGGAUAUUUUGACCUGCCCAAUGAGCCCUGCACAGAAGAAUUAAGGAAAAAAGAUUCUCAGCAGUUCCAGGACUUGUCUCAAAAAAUCACCAAAGCGCUCCUACCUGGCCUCCAUGAGCUCAACGGGUACAUCACAUCCACCGUUUUCAGUCUCUGUGAUGACGCGUCCCCGGCCCUCCGGUCCCUGCGGAACAUGGGCAAUGUAAACGCGAGCGUGCAGAACGUCUUCCAGAGGAACUCGGCCGUCACAGACCAAGCGGUUCUGGCCGGCGUUGAGGACGCGAUCAAGAAGUGUGAGAACGACAACUGUGUUCUUAGUGGAUCGUCAUUUAAAGCCACAGACGUGUGCGUGCUUGGUGCCUGUGAUUCCCAAACCACCACUUGUUCAUCAGACAGCGGGGUCUUCAGCUGCGAGUGCCGGGACGAAUAUGUUAAAAACACCUUCAGCAACAGAGUUUGUCAAGCUUGCCCUGUUGGUCAAAGAGCGGAGAAAGGAGUAUGCAUCAAUUGUCCAUACGGUUAUUCUGGUUUGAACUGCAAUGAAUCAUGGAAACUGGCAUUAAUCGUGGUUGGCUCCACAUUGGGAGGACUGCUGCUCGUCACAGUGAUUGGCCUAGCUAUAGUGGCAAACAGAAGCCCGAAGAAGGGAUUCAAGAAUAAAGCCAAGAACGCCUCCAUGAUUGCCUACAACAGCCAUUCUCUCGGCCCACCACCCUCAGUUCCCAAAAGUGGCUCAGAGAAUGGCAGGGCAGUCUAUGAAAUUGCUGGGGCGCCAAGGAUCCCAAGGGCCACAGCAAACAACAGCUUGGAACGCAACACCAGAGAGAUGGCCCCAAGAAGUAGCACACAGAACCUGGCCCCCAUGAACCGCAAUUCAAUGAUAUACAGUGACCCGGAUGAAAGGGGGAGCAGGAAUCCAUACCAGAACCGGAGCCAGACAAACCCGUACACUGAGCGCAGAGGCCACAGCAACCCCUACUACACCCACGACGAUGGGAGAAGGCUCAAUUAACCGGACAUCACAAGUGUUUAUUUCUGAAUCAUAUUUAUUCCAAUCAUACACAUCUCCCAUGUCUGACGUUACCCUCAGGUUUUUCCCCCUUGAUACCAGAUGUCUUGGCUAUAUCUCAUUUCAUCUGUUUUCAUAGGGACUGCAUCAGGGAACAGACGCUAAAAUCUUUCUCAGAAUGGGCUGGAACCCCAAAGACAAGUUGCUUGAUUCAAUUCUCUGGUCCAGCCCAUGUUUUGCUCAUCUAUGAAUUUGCUAGCCAUUAUGAUGCAACGUUAUUUAAUCAUUACGUUUCUAUAGCACGUUUCUAGACACCCAAAGCACCUCACAUUGAAGGGGGUAACUCACCUCAACCACCACCAUGUGUAGCACCACCUGGGUGAUGCACGGCAGCCAUUUUGCACCGGAACGCUCACCACACAUCAGCUUGAGGUGGAGAGGGAGGAAUCAUUAAGCCAAUUACAUGGGGGGAUGAUUAGGUGGCCAGAUGGAGAUAGCCAGGUUGGGAAUUUUGCCAGGACACCGGAAAGCCCACUACUCUUUGCUUUAAGUGCCAUGGGAUCUUUAAUGACCACAGUAAGUCAGGACCUCGGUUUAACAUCUCAUCUGAAGGACGGCAUCUCCUGCAGCACAGUGUCCCCCUCACUGCACUGGGGCAUUGGGAUUUGAUAUUUGUUGUUUUUAUUAGGACCAGAGGGAAGACUGCCCCCUACUGGCCCACCAACCCCACUUCCGGCAGCAACUCAGGUCUGGUCUCCAAUCCAAGUACUAGCCAAGCCGAUACCUGUUUAGCUUGCGUCAUUUGGCAGAGCCAGGGUACAUGUUGCUACGGCUAGUUAAAAUAAGUUCUGUAAAGGAGAUGAGAUUUUAUUUUGUGAAGUUGUAAUAAAAAAUAAAUCUAUAUUGAUUACUGGAAAAGUCUAAUUUUUAAUUGCUUGACUUGCCUUUGUGUUUGAAGUCUUGUAUUUUGUGACUUGGUUUCUUGAAAGACACAUUCUUUGAUAAAAGUAAUUAACAUUAAAAUGGUACAGAAUUGUAAUGUGCAGUACAAUGCUGCAACAUCUAUGUAUCUUUAUGCAUGCUAAAUGAUCCAGGUAAGGAAAGCAAAUAAGGUUGAAUCAGUUCAUCUGGAUACAACGUUUAUUGACAGAUACGUUUCCUCACUUAUCUAAGCGACUUCUUCAGUCAUGUAUUAGCUAGACGACUAGCUAAUAAAUGUAAAAGGGCUUGCCAUAGUAUCCCCACCCUGGGUACUAUUCACAAAGGAUCUGGGAAUGUGUGAAUAGUAGUCUGUGAAUAGUACACAUGGCCAUUGAAACUCUAGUUAAUGGUCACACCCAUACUUGCAUAUGAAACUGGUCAUCGGUUUCGGUCAUUAUGCAACUGUAUUGUUUAUAAGGGUGGGGAUACCUGCAGUCGGUUUAGACUGAAGAUGUCAGUUUAGAUUGUUGGUAUACUGGACAAGUGUUGCAUCUUACACACACACACACACACACACACACACACACACACACACACACACACACACACACACACACACACACACACACACACACACACUCAUUGUUGUAUAUGUAUAUGUUUUUUGUUAAAUAUGGUGUACCUCAGGGCUUGGUUCUUGGCCGUCUACUUUUCUCUCUUUAUAUUUCACCUCUUGGCCAAAUUAUACGCAAUCAAGGAAUACAUUUAUAUUGCUAUGCUGAUUGUACUCAACUAUGUGCCUAUAAGGGCUGAAGAUGAUACUCAAAUGAUUAACUUAGAGGCCUGCUUCGCUGCUGUGAAAAAUUGGAUGUCACUAAAUUCCCUGCUUUUAAAUUCGGAUAAAACUGAGAUGCUGGUCAUUAGCCCUGCUAGACAUAGAUACCGAUUUGAUCAAGUAACGAUAACAAUCGACAACUCUGUGAUUUCACAAAGGGUGGCAGCCAGAAAUCUGGAUCUUACAUUUGAUCCCAGCCUUUCCUUUGAUAAGCACAUUAAGGAAAUCACCAAGACUGCCUUUUUUCACUUACAUACCAUAGUAAAAAUGUGGUAUUUCCUGUCCGUGGCUGACAAAGAGACUCUGAUACAUGCAUUUGUUUCAUCCAGAUUUGAUGACUGUAAUGUUCUGUUUUCAGUCUGCCACAUGCUAGUGGUGAUAUUAUUUAGAUGCUGCUAGAAUCCCGACUAAAUCUAGAAAAUUUGACCAUAAUAUGUCAAUAUUACACCACCUCUUAUUUCGCCUGUGUAUAGUCAAUCCUUGUGUAUAUAUAUGAAGAUUGUUGUGUUGUAGUGUUGUUAUUCUAUGUUAAGUGCAAUGAGAGCCACCAAACCUGAAUUAAAUUCCAUAUUUGUGCAAACCUACAUAGCCAAUAAACAUGAUUCUGAUUC